CGUCGCGCUGCGUCACCCGGAAGAGAGGAGCGUUUGUUUACAUUGCUGCGGCUCGUCGAGAUGAAUCCUCCGAUGAUCAACUCCACAAACUCCGUGUCGACAACGAGAAGGAAGCGAGAGGCCGAACGCUCUGUUAACUGGACGGUGGAGGAAACGCAAGUGCUGCUCUGCGCCUGGAGCGACGAGCGUGUCCAGAAGAGCCUGGCAGAAAACCUCCGCAACCGCCAUGUUUUCAAACACCUUUCAGCCCGCAUGAGUGAAAUGGGCUUCGCUCGGAGUCCGCACCAAUGUCGGCUUCGGGUGAAAACUCUCAAGGCCAAUUACGUGAGGGCCAAACUCCAGAGGAGCGUCAACAGCGCGCAGCAGUGCACUUUUAAAUACUUUGCAGAGAUGGAUGCUGUGUUGGGACGGAGGUCAGUGGGAGGAGAGGGAGGGUCGUUAUUUUCUUCUUCGGAACAGAUGGCAGACGGCAUCGACAGGACAGGAAGCAUCCCACAAGAUUUUAACUCUAAUACUGAGAUCGGCGGUCACCAUUUCGGUCCUUUGGGGAGGACGGGGAGACAACGGUCGAGCUCUGUGGAGGUGAGAGGAGCUCGUCAGUCUUGGCAGCUCAGCUCUGAAGUGAAGUUGGAGGAGAGAGAAGAUUCAACGGAUGAGUUUGAGUUUAUGGACGCAGGAUUCUCACAAUGUCCGAGAGACAGAUCCCACCAAGUUUAUCUGGAAUCAACUGUUCACCAGGAGAUAAGUGGUUCUCCAGUGGAAAACAGCUUCAGCUCUCCUUCCCCACACGUCGUGCACCCGCCACCAUCUCCUCCCCCUCCUCCUCUUACCCAGCCCGCCGUUUCUCCUCUUCCUGCACCACCAGAUCCUAUCACCCUCCCCACUUCUGGCCGCCAUCACCUUGCGUCCCCCGGCACGGAACCCGUCCUCAAGCACCUGCUGGUGAGCUUCCAGCGGCUGGUGUCGGACACCCGGGGCCUGCUGGUGCAGCUGGAGAGCCAGCGGCAGGAGCAGGCUCGCUGGCACCAGGAGCUCCUGACCAAGUGGCUGGAGAGAGAGGAGCGUCGGCAGAGGGAGACGGCUGAGAGGGAGGAGAGGAGGGAGAAAGCUCGCAUGGAGCACGAGAUCCGAGUCCUGGAGCUCCUCACCAGUCUGGGCAGAGAACAUGGGUGUAAAUGUGGAGGCAGCCAGACUGUACCAGAGGCAGCGACCGGUCCGAGUCACAACACUGACAAAAACAGAAACUAGGUCACUUGAGGAUUUUUUAAAUGUUUGAGCCAAAGAGUGGAAUAGUUGAGCUCAGGUGGAACCAAACAACGGCAGUGAUCAUGCAAAACGACACGUUGAGGGCAGUUUGGUUUCAGGUCUCAGAUCCGAGUUCACAGCCCAGAAUCUGCACUGAACUCCCAAUGACUGCAAGACUCCUGAUCACAGGACAACAGGUCGUGUGGUGUGAACUCGGUGAACUCUGUGUCGCUUGCAGUGAGAUUUGCACAGAACCAAAAACAGGAAAAGACCCUCAAACUUGCAGGUUGGUUGUUUUUGCUCAGAAAACUUAGGAAAAUGAAAAACAAGCUUUUCUCCCUGGUCCCUGGGACAACAUGGUUUCAACACGUCGAUUGAUCCAAAUGUAAUUUAAUCGAUUCAUGCACUUUUACAGAAAUUAAAACCUCGAUAUUUUCAA